AUUAUAUACUUGCUUUUUGAUAGUCUAUCAUAAAAAAUGUAUAACUGACGGAUAUAUAAGGAGAAAGGCAGGCCUGAUCGUCACAUCGACAACAGUGUGGAAGAUACUAGAACACAGAACUCUUCAAAGAAAAAAUGAAAGCAAUAUUUGUGGUUGCACUUACCGCUCUUUUGGUGGCGUUUGCUUCAACUGUUCCACCACCUGAAUGUGGAAGCGGACAACACGAUAUCUUCCUUCCGAAUCCAGACGACUGCUCAACCUUUUAUCUCUGCGAUAGAGGUGAACCAUUGUUGAUGCAAUGCAACGAAGGACUUGAAUUUAACCCGAAAUUAAGAGUAUGUGAUUGGCCUAAGCAAACUGUCCGCUGUAAACGUCUCGUUUCAAAGCCAUCAAGUCCGGCAGAUAGUCCCGCACCAUCAGCAGCAACUGUUACUGCUUCCCCUGAAGUGGCACCAGAGGAAGUAACAGUACAUGUCCAGAAUGACACCGACCUGAAAAAUAUGCAAUCAUAAUUUCUUCGAAUAGUACAGCAUGUUAAAUAUGAAAAUUUUUAAACACAAUAAUGUAAACAAUAUAAUGUAGAUUGAUAAUGUGGCAAUUACAGGCAAUAAAAAAGCAUACUAAUUAA